AUGUUACAUUCUUCCCAUAUGCAUCUUCUCGUUUUCUUCGGUUUUCUUUGUUGCGCAUUUCCCUGGCGCACUUUCGCCGCAAAUGCCUUCGUCUAUCAAUACAAAAACCAGAAUGCUCAUAUCGCCUAUAAGGGCGAUGUCUCCAUAACCUGGAACACCUUCACAAAAAACGGAGACCCUUGUACCAUCCAAAUGGGUCCACAGAAUCAUUCCUGGUUUUACGUCGGCGUUCAUCCAAAUUGGGAUCCCAACCCGUUUUUUUUCGAACUCAAACACCUUAGUUCCGUUAAAUGCAAUUCCAGAGGCGAGAACUGCGUCGACUUCGAUAGUACCACAUCCGGUGGCUUUUUUGUUUACACCAAUGAUGAAAUAUACAAUCUGGAGUUCGCAUCUUCUGUUAUCGACCUAAACUUCGAUCGUGGGGAUUCAGGAGAGUAUGAACUGCAACGGACGGUCGACUUUGGAAAAUCCGAAAUUGGGAAAGUGAAAUUCGAAGGUAGUGAUGGGUAUAGAGUUCAAUUGGGAAAAGAUAGUUGGUUGAAUAAUAAUACCUACGAGCCUAGCGUUACGCUGGAUUAUAAGGGGAAUAAGGGUCGUCUGCGAGAUUUCGAAAAUGGAUGCUUUCUGGAUCCAAAGUAUUCCAUAGACUUUAUGAAGCAAGAAUGGACCGGAAUUCACGAUGACUUUGGCGUCGACUUCACUUUCACCAAUAAUAAAGCCAAGGCUUCCUUUUACCUCAAAGCCAAUCGAACAGAAAUGACCCUCACUUUCACAGGAAAUCGCAAUGUAUCAGAAAUCACAAAUGAAGUAUGGAACUAUCCGGAAAUUGACUUGGAUGCAAGUGACCCCGAAACGCCUGGGUUUGAAUGGAGGGGUGGUGGAGCUGUGGCCUUUGGGAAUGACAGCCCCAGUCGACCACAGCCCACAGUGGUUUCUCUUGAUUCUACUAGCUCUACAGCAUCGCCCACUUCAAGCCCAACUUCAGUCAUGCAAUCCAGCACUAGCAGUGCAGGUAUAUCCCCAGUACCAAGCACUAGCCAAUCUUCGGAGAGGGUAACUUCCUCGGAUUCUACAACAACCACCGGUCUGACGAAUUCACAGUCAGGGCCGGGUCCCGAGACUUCUGUCCCUUCCCUUGCGAUUCGACACCAUAUCGACCUUAGAGUAUUGUGGGGAUUCUUAGGUUUGAUCUUUGGGAUUUUGCCAAUGGUUGCGGAGUUGUAA